GUGCGCUGCUCUUACAGACAAUGCGGUGCUGGGCGUCGCCUCUACCUGGAGGAUUACAGUAAGCCUGUUGUCAGUGAUGAGUCAGAGUGCGUGGUGCUGAUGCUGCUGCCAUUUCAUCACCUCCGCGAGCGCAGCAUCCAUCCCUCGGUCCUCCCCGCGCCUGGGCCUACCUGGCCUGAGGCUCCCAGGCCAACGAUGCCCUCGUGGCCGAUCUAGAUCAGGACCGAGCCGCGCUCUCCGAGGCCCCGGCCUGGCGCCCCCAUCUCGCCGCCUGAGGCCCGGGCCAAGGAGACCUGCCGAGCCUCGGCAAUGGAGGCCAUCUGGCUGUAUCAGUUCCGGCUGAUUGUCAUCGGGGAUUCCACGGUGGGCAAGUCGUGUCUGAUCCGCCGCUUCACCGAGGGCCGCUUUGCCCAGGUUUCGGACCCGACGGUGGGGGUGGAUUUCUUCUCCCGUCUGGUGGAGAUCGAACCCGGAAAACGCAUCAAGCUCCAGAUCUGGGAUACCGCGGGUCAAGAGAGGUUCAGAUCCAUCACUCGUGCCUACUACAGGAACUCAGUAGGUGGUCUUCUCUUAUUUGACAUUACCAACCGCAGGUCUUUCCAGAAUGUCCACGAGUGGUUAGAAGAGACCAAAGUACACGUCCAGCCCUACCAAAUUGUAUUCGUUCUCGUGGGUCACAAGUGUGACCUGGAUACACAGAGGCAAGUGACUCGCCACGAGGCUGAGAAACUGGCUGCUGCGUAUGGCAUGAAGUACAUUGAAACGUCAGCCCGAGACGCCAUUAACGUAGAGAAGGCCUUCACAGAUCUGACGAGAGACAUAUAUGAGCUGGUGAAAAGGGGGGAUAUUACCAUCCAGGAGGGCUGGGAAGGGGUGAAGAGUGGAUUUGUCCCCAACGUGGUUCACUCUUCAGAAGAGGUAGUCAAAUCAGAGAGAAGAUGUUUGUGCUAGUCAGCCCUUGUGUCUCCAAAACCUGCUGUCCCACCUGGACUUCCAGCUGAUCAAAAUGAUAGAAUCAUCAUGCGACUCAAGAGAACUUAAACCUCUAUAUUGGAUACCAAGUGAGCCUCUUCCCCAAGGGGCCCUCAGACAGGUGAUUGGUAGGUGGGCGGGGGAACCUGGAACUGGAACUGGCCCUGUUUUGUGGCCCAAGCUGUGCACUGGCUGCUCUGUAUGCCCUUUGUAGACUGUAUGUCAAGAAGCUGAGGUCCAGGGAACCAGGCCCCCCAGGAAAGUACACCCACAGUCAGGACAACUAUUUUUCGGUGUUGCAUAGGUCACGAUCAUAAUAAAAUAUGUAAAGGGGAUAAAAGUAUCACAUCGGGAACAAUGAUCAAACCUACAAAAAUGAGAGAUAUCGACCCAACCAAUGAGAAUAUCCUGCACUAAAUGUAUGUGUGGGGUUUGGUUAAAAGGUACCAAUUAGCUCUCCACAGCUCAUAUGUAAAAUGAGGGGUAUGGGCCAGUCUUUUCAUAAGACCCUUUCAAGGCCUGGUGUUCUGGUAAAAAAAAAUGGUGUGAAUGUCAAGAGAGAGUCAAUUUAUACACUGUUAUUAUCACAUUCAAAAAAAUGUACAGUCUUGUGCAAGAAUAACCAGCACUGUGUAAGAAAUUUUCCCAUGCAAAUUAUCAUGGAAUUAGAAGAGAGAAAUACUAUUAAUACCGAUGUCAUCCCCCUUUUGCCUCUGACCACACCUGGGGUUUCACUGCUUUGGUGACUAUGAUCUGAACAUAAACACCUGCUUAGGAGGGGCUGUAACCCUUACAGACACAUUAUGGUUCACUGAAUGACCUGUUUGAUCAUUGUAAGAGGCCAUGAGGUUUUCUUCCCCAGUUUACAAAAAAAUUAACUGAGAGGCAGAGGAGAGUCACUAGGCCAAAGUGAAGGUCUUCUGACUCCUGGUUUUUACUUCACUGCAUCAUCCUGCUGCCCAAUGAAUAAACUGUUAUUGUUUACUUUGGAAGAGAUAUGACUGCAAAUAAAUAUUCUCUACAUGUUA